GUAGGGAACCUUGGCCUUCUUUUUAUGCUCCUGUUUUUUAUCUAUGCUGCCCUGGGAGUGGAAUUGUUUGGCAAGCUAGACUGCAGUGAGGAAAAUCCCUGCGAAGGUCUGAGCCGACAUGCGACGUUCACCAACUUCGGCAUGGCCUUUCUCACCCUCUUCAGGGUGUCAACAGGGGACAACUGGAAUGGUAUCAUGAAGGACACUCUUCGGGAAUGCACUCGGGAAGACAAGCACUGCCUCAGCUACCUGCCUGUCAUCUCUCCUGUCUACUUCGUCACCUUCGUCCUCAUCGCGCAGUUUGUGCUGGUCAACGUGGUGGUGGCCGUGCUGAUGAAGCACUUGGAGGAGAGCAACAAGGAGGCCAAGGAGGAUGCUGAAAUGGAUGCUGAGAUCGAGCUGGAGAUGUCCAGAGGAUCGACCACCGCAGCUCCCAGCGGGAGCAGGGGAGGUGCCGUGGCCCUGGAGGGCAGGACGCCCUACAGAAGCCAGGAAACCCUGAAGUCUGAGCCGGCGACGCAGUCGAAACACCAAGCCCUGAAUAUCCUGCGAAUCUCCUUUGCUUACAGAGUAACCUCGGACUCUUCAAUCACCUAG